ACGACGGCGGGCAAGUUCCAGAACCACUGCAACUUGCGGCCGAUGCGGGACCUCGACACUUUCUCUGUUUUUUUGGGGCUUAAGCGCCCACGUCACCCACUCGAGCUCGGCCUUCCGCACUUCAUACACGUGUUCAUCAGGUUGUCCUCUUUUCUCGCGCUAAGGGCGACAAUUCUUCGUCAUCAAAUACUCUUUCUAGCUUCUGUGCGGGCGAGGGACAGCCUUGGGAGGGGCAGUGUCUCAUUAUCUCAUCACAAGAAGCAUUGAUGCCCGGACUGAAGAGUCGCUCCAUGCUGUGAUAUGUAUUCAUCAUCCACUUGGCAAGAACCCCGUACCCUCCGGACCAACACCGCAUUCUCUCUCCUCGUCCACAUAUAUAUACUCCCGCUCAUUCAGCUCUCAUCCACCCAUCCUCUCUUUUCCAGCUCUUAUAGUCAUAUCACCACCACAACAAUAACCUUACACACAUAUUUAUAAUGCUCGCUAUCUUUGCCCUUCUUCCUCUCUUGGCACUCGCAUCCGCCUCCCCCAUCCAGAAGCGCUACUCGGGCGUCAAGAUCAAGUCCGGCCUCGGCGACCACUGCCUCACCCCCCUCUUCGGCCAGUUCCAGGAGGGCACCCCCAUCACCACCGCUGGUUGCGCGGACGCCAAGACUUGGGAUAUCAACCCCGGGUCUGGCAGUGUCCUCCUCCAUGGCACGGAGUUUGCUAUGGAUGCCGGGACUGGGACAGACAACCAUGAGAUCGUCAAGCUUUGGACCUCCUACCCAGGGCUCUUCCAGCAGACCUGGUUUUACACUGACGACAAUCGUAUUGCCAUCACCGGCGGAAACCAGUGCCUCGACGAGACCAGCGCUGGUCCUCAGACUUAUGGUACGUGCCCUUCACAUUUCACUCCCUCCAUCUCAGAAGGGAAAGUUCAAUAACACUCUGACAGAGUGCACUCCUUGGAACGAUAACCAAGUCUGGCACAUUGUCGAGGUCGACACCCCAACCUCUUCCGUCACUUCCUCUAUUACCCCCUUGCCGACGGGGAGUGCCAGCGUUUCCGACAACGGAACCGUUACUACCUUCUAGGGUGAGGUGACAGAGCUUUCCCGUAGCUUCACACCCAUCGGGGCUGUAUGGACUUUUUGUCGUAGCGAAAGAAAUGAAGGUUAGGCUAGGAAAGACUGAGCAGCGCAUGCAUACUUUUGAUUUGUA